AUUUCCCAUGGUCCUUAGUGUCGUGAACGGGUGGGUUUGGUCUGCUGGGCGCGCUAUGGGAACAGCUAUUUGAAAUUAAAAUGGCGGAAAAUAAGGCUAGAGUUGAAGACUGCUGCGGCCGUGUUGAAUUAAACGAGACUUCAGUUAAGUCUUCAAAAAGGUCCUCCUCCCCAAUCCCCGACUUGACUCCCCCUCUCAAGUCUUCCCGUACCGACUCCCCAUCACCUACAACACAGACGCCAGAUCCGGGAGAGGAACAGCCAGAGUCGGUCAAACAAAAAAUGGAGCCAGAAAUCACAGUAAGGUCCAUUGACUGCUCUGAUCAGGAUAAAUCCUGGAGGAGAGCCACCAUAACCCGACGCUCCCGCAUUGCCCUUCCUAACCCAUACGAGACUUUGUGUAGAAGCAUAAGUCAAUCAUUAUCACAAGAAGAGAGACUUGAAAAACUGUUGGAGGCUUCAAUGGAGAUGGCACUUGAAAGGACUCGAUAUUCACUUGAGUCAGUGCCAAAAGCUUCCCAAGAGUCCUUUAAAAAACAAGUUAAUAACAUCAAGAUGGAGUGGUGUUGCUUAAUCAAAAACAUAAACAAUGAACCACAUAAACUCUCUUCAGGUCAAGCCAGUUGCAGUCAGCCUGCUGUGCAAAGAGCCGUGGAAAAUGUCCAAAAAGCCAUCAACAGGCUCAAGGCUGAAAGUGAGUCUUGGGAGGCACUUCUAAACAAACACAGGGGUAAAGCAGAGGAACUGGAAAAGAAGGUGGAGAUGGGACAGGAGACGGGUAUAUCUCUAAACUCUGCGUCCAUUGUCCAGGCCUCGCAGUACUCUAUCAUACUGACUAAACCCGACUACCAUGGUGUCCUAUGUAGGCAACGACCCAAGAUGCAUACUAUGGCCCUGAUUAUGGACACUCAGUGUAAAAUGAUUCGGCAGCUACUUACCAUCAAAGAGCAGUCCGAGCUGUUGAUAAAAAAGACCAGUGGCCAAUUGGCUGAAGAGGCAGGAUUCAAGGGCCUUUCAUCAAACCUUCUUAUGAAUCUGAUGUCAGCACCUUUACAAAAGGCAACUACAUAACCUGUCUGUCCUCAACAGAUGAUGCUUCUGUAUGACUGCAUCUAACAUUUGCAAAAAAAUAUAUGUAAUUUGUCCUUUGGUUUAUUUUUUAAUGUCUUGUUUUGUUAAAAAAUAAAAGACAACCAUUUAUUUCAUGACUUCAAACCAUUUUUAGAUAGUGAAUAAUUAUACAUGCUUUUGACCAGCAGGUGGCAGUGGCUAGUUAUUCACGAAGUCAUAAUAAAGGUGGUGAACUGCCUGAGCAGAUUAUUAUUUUGGGCUUAAUUAAACGUAUUUUCAUCUGGAAAUCCUAAAACUGCUUAGACCAAUAGUUAAUGACUAACAAAUGUUGCUAAAACUUUGCCACCAUUCUGUAAAGGAAAGUCCCUGUUAAUAAAAUAAACUAAUAAAGACAGUCA